AUCCUCGUAUUACUCCUCACUGUCUUCCUCUCUCUUCUCAUAACUGUCCCUUUCUUAUCCCUCGUCAUCCGCUACCGCGCUCACUACUCCCCGCGCGCCCUCGGUCUUCCAGAGGACACCACCGCUCCCCUAACAGGCACGACGGGGCUGACAACCGGGCCAGAGAUCCGCGGGCUUCUGCACCUCUUAUCCCGCAUCAGGGCACAGGAGGGUAUCGCAGGAUUGUACAAAGGCAUCUGCCCAGUCCUCUUCGAGUCCCUCCUCGGAGGACUCACGGCUCUGAUAUACUUUGGCAUCACUUCCCCCGGAAUGGCAGUUGGUGCUGGGGGGAGCUAUGCUGUUGCCCCUACGUUCGGAUUGGCAGCUUUUGGGUGGGCAGUGUUUAGCCUUCUGCUCAAUCUCCCCAUGACCGUCAUCCUCAACCGGUCCAUCACCACGCCCUACCGACUUCCCUACUCCCCGCUGCGAGCGCUCCGCCUCCUCCUCUCGCCCACCGAAUACCGCCAACCAUGGAAGAUCUACCUCCUCCCCGGUCUCCUCCCCACAAAACUGGUGCACAUCGCCUACCUAACCCUCGUCCUCCCCGGUCUGCGCGCAAUUCUCGUCCCUUCCUUCAGCCCCGAGAGCGAGUGGGGCGACACACUCGGUUUCUGGGGCGGCAUGGGUUUGGGAACAUACGUCGUCUUCCUCCUACUCAGCACAGCCCUGCUCUGCCCAUUGGAGAUAAUCGCUCUCCGGCUCUCGCUCCAGCCACUCUCAGGCCCAAAAGUAGCCAACGCACCGCCCGUGCACCCCGCCGCUCCAGGCUUGGGCACCAACCUCCCGCCAAGUGAAGAGCCCCCGCUAGCAGGAACAGAGGAAGACGUCAUCCUCCUCCGUUCUCCUGAGACGGGUGGAGAACCGUAUGAGGGCAUGAGGGACUGUUAUAAGAAGAUUAGGCAAGAAGAGGGUGGGAGGGUGCUGGCUAGGGCUUGGUGGUUGACG